ACCAAAGACAUGGGUAAGAUGCUGGGUGGAGAGGAGGAGAAGGACCCAGAUGCAGCCAAGAAGGAGGAGGAGCGGCAGGAGGCGCUCAGGCAGCAGGAGGAGGAGAGGAAGGCCAAACACACCAAAAUGGAGGCUGAGAGGGAAAAAGUACGACAGACCAUUAGGGACAAGUACGGACUGAAGAAGAAGGAGGAGAAGGAGGCAGAGGAGAAAGCGGCUAUGGAGCAAGCCUGCGAAGGGUCACUGACACGUCCGAAGAAGGCGAUCCCUCGGGGCUGCGGAGACGACGACGAGGAAGAUGAAGAGAGCAUCCUCGACACUGUCCUCAAGUUUCUGCCCGGACCUCUACAGGAUAUGUUCAAGAAGUAA